CACAUUGUUAACAAUUGGCAAAUAUUGGAAACUCGAAAAGAAAUGGAUAUCAUGCACCAAUUUGCCAGCGAAGGGAAAUUUCUCACGUUCGGAUACAUAUGUAAAUAUUCAUAAAUAUUUAUUGUAGAAAAUAAUUUCUUUUCUUAGAUGAAGAUUGAUACCUUUUUUAUAGUAUAUAUAUACACUUGCAUGACGAUGUUCCUUAUUACACCAAUUUUUCCACGUCUGAUGGAUGUCAUUCUACCUUUAAACGAGUCUCGUCCUUUGAGAAAUAUAAUUAAAGCUUAUUACUUCGUUGAUGAAAACGAAUAUUUCUAUUCGAUUUAUUGUCACAUGUGUAUAGAAAUUAUUAUGGCAAUUACAGUACUAGUUGCUACGGAUACUUUAUUUUUGGCUUUUAAUUCACACAUAUGUGGUUUAUUUGCCAUAGUAGGAUUUCGUCUAGAACACUUGUUGCACGAUCAGUUCGAUUCACAAGUUUUAUUGAAUAGUCAAACAAGAAAAAUGGUUUUCAAUGACGUAAUACAUUCUAUUAAAAAUCAUAAAAAAGCAUUGGAGUUUGCUGAACUUAUUGAAUCUUGUUAUUCAAUAUCUUUUCUUAUGCAAGCUUUUACUGGAUUGAUAUGUUUGAGUGUUUCUAUGUUCCAAACAUUAAUGUUGCUGGAUAAAACAACAGAAGCACUUAGGUUCUUCACUUUUUCAUGUGCUCAGUUUGUUCACUUUUUAAGUAUAUGUUAUCCAGGUCAAAGAAUGAUAGAUUACAGUACUGGAAUACGUAUUAAAGCGUAUAAUGGACUAUGGUACGAAGCACCAAUUGAAAUUCAUAAAUUAUUGUUAUUAUUAAUACGAAGAAGUAUGGAACCUUGUUACUUGACUGGUGGUAAAAUAUUCAUAUUUUGUUUAGAAACUUUUGCGAAGGUAUACUAA